CCAUGGAAAAAGUUAAAAAUGUGAUGAGAGCUGUCAGGGUGUUUGAAUUUGGUGGUCCUGAAGUGCUUAAGGUGAAGACAGAUGUUCCAUUGCCAGUUCCAAAUAAUGAUCAGGUACUCAUUAAAGUUAAUGCAUGUGGCGUUAACCCAGUGGACAUCUAUAUUCGCUCUGGGACGUACAAGAGAAAACCAACUUUGCCAUACACACCUGGUGAAGAUGUAUCUGGCAUAGUACAUGCAGUUGGGAAAAAUGUAACUUCUUUCAAGAAAGGAGACCGGGUUUUUACUCUUGACACUGAUUCUGGCGGUUAUGCUGAAUAUACUGUUGCAGCUGUUGACUCAGUCUUUCCCUUGUCUGAUAAACUGGACUUCAAGCAAGGUGCUGCAAUUGGAAUUCCAUAUUUUACAGCAUACCAUGCUCUGUUUCAAAAAGGUUGUGCUAAGGCAGGAGAAACUGUGCUAGUCCAUGGAGCAAGCGGAGGGGUUGGAAUAGCAGCAUGCCAGAUUGCAAGAGCUUACGGCUUGAAGAUCUUGGGCACAGCUGGAACUGAGGCAGGGAUGAGCCUGGUUUUGAAAAGCGGAGCCCAUGCUGUAUUUAAUCACAACAAGGAGAAUUAUAUAUCUGAGAUUCAGGGAAGUCCUGCUGCCCAAAAUAUCAAUAUAAUAAUAGAGAUGCUGGCUGAUGUCAACCUUGACAAUGAUUUGAAACUGCUGUCAAGUGGAGGGAGAGUGAUGAUUGUGGGUUCUCGAGGAGCCAUUCAGAUAAAUCCUAGGGAAACCAUGGCUAAAGAAACAAGUAUCAGAGGAGUUUCUUUAUUCUCUGCAACUAAGGAGGAGAUGAAGCAAUGUGCAGCGGCUGUUCUUGCAGGCGCAGAAGUUGGCUGGCUGAAACCAUUUGUGGGCCGUGAAUAUCCACUGGAGAAAGUGGCCCAGGCCCAGAAAGACAUAAUUCACAGUCAGGGUGCCAUGGGCAAGAUGGUGCUUGUUGUAUGAUUUUUUUUUCCAUGUCAGGAGCGACUUGUUGUAUGAUAAAUUACUGCCAAUUUGCUUAACAACAUAACCAUAGACAUGCUGAUCUGUCUCUAUCCUGUUGGUACUCUACGUCAUAUGAUUUAGAUGUACAUUACAACAGAUAUAAUGUAGUAAACUCAUUAAGAUGAUACAUUAAAUAUUUUAGAUUUCAAAUAAUCUAUUUUUGUAUGUUUUUGACCAUGUUGGCUCGGGCUGAAUGGGAAUUAGAGCCUAGCAUCUGAAGACUCAGAGAUUCCUGACUUGUUUGAUGUAUGUACUUUGUUUAUUUCUGAUUCAUUGGUCUCAUCUUUACACAUAAUAAAAGGGAAAAUGUG